CGAGCCUACCGGAAGUGACGGACGGAGGCCGGCGGGUCCUGCGACUGUGGAGGACGAGGUGACCCCGUUGCGGUAGUGGGGGGCGUGUCGGGGAGCGCCGCAAGGCGCCGCCGAGACGAUGGGCCGCGAGUUUGGGAACCUGGCGCGGGUGCGGCACGUGAUCACCUACAGCUUGUCGCCCUUCGAACAGCGCGCUUUCCCUCACUACUUCACCAAGGGCAUCCCCAACGCGCUGCGCCGUAUUCGGGCGUCCAUCCUGCGGGUCGCGCCCCCAUUUGUAGUGUUCUAUUUUGUCUACACAUGGGGGACCCAGGAGUUUGAAAAAUCCAAGAGGAAAAAUCCAGCCGACUAUGAAAAUGACAAGUGAGCAACUGUGACCUGCAUGAUGGUUUCCUGUCUCUGAAAGAUCUUUCUCUGGGAGAGGAAUCUGCGUUGUAGUGUCUUGGAAGACUUAAUAAAUUUCUUAUGGGCUG